UAUUUGUGUUAGUUAUUGACAUUUUCCAACAUGCCUCGCUAUGUUUGUUGUGUUCCUGGAUGCCCAGUAGUAGCAAAUGAUGGGGUGCCUUUACAUUACUUUCCGAAUCCUGAAAAAGAGGCCGAGAGAUUUCAGUCUUGGGUGAAGAAAAUAGGGGGUGAUAUUAAAAGGCUGAACAGUGCCGUUAUUUACAAAACUCGAAGAAUUUGCCGUCGACACUUUCAGGAACAGUUCCUGUACCCAAAAAACAGACUUUGCAAGUUGGCUGUUCCAACCUUGCUGUUGUCGUCUGAUGAACUGUCAGGUCCACAGAUAACUACAUCGAAUGUUCGGAAGAUAGACAAAAUUGGUUCAAAAUUAAAAAGACCAUUACCACAAUACAAAUUACCUGUAGAAAAACUGCCUUACGAUGAGUCUAUAGAUAUUGCUUUUGACAAAUGCAAACUCAGCCUCAAAUUACCAGGAACUGAUAUACUGAGUGACAGUGAAACUGAGAAUUCCAUUGUAAAUACAGAUAUCAUGGAUGAAAAUGAGGAAAACGUUCCAGAAGUAAUUAAAGAAGAUAUUUCCAAUGUAUCUAGUAGAAGAAAUAGUUCCAAUAUUACACCGGAUGUUGUAAGAUGUAUUGAUAAUUAUACUGAAGAUGAAUUAGCGAGUCAUAAAGUAAAGUUAGAAGAAUUACAACUGAAACAGAAGUUAAUGGAAGAACAGAACAAGAAAAGGAAAGAGAUGCUCGCUAAAGCUUUAGCUGAUAGGACAAAACAAACAGAAGAAGAGGUUUUGAAAUUGGAAAAAAUAAAAAAGGAAUUACAGAUCUUAGAUGGACAGUUUUCACAAGAUGUUGCCGUUUUAAGAAAGAAAAUAGACCAAGCGUGCAUCAGUUACUCAGAAGCUGAGAAACAUUAUUUAAGAGUAGAAAAAGAAUUCCUACAAGCUAAAAUCAAUUUACAAAAAGAAAAAGAAAAAAAGGAGCUCCUCACCGAACACUUAUGUGCUUUGAUAACUCACAACGAAACAAGAAAGGCUCAGAAGUUAGAAACGUUGAUGCUCGAACUAGCCAUGGAUAAAAAAAAUGCCAUAAAUAGCGUAACUACACCAAUUAAUGAUUCUUCAAUAAUUAUCGAUGGUGUUGAUCAAAAAUCAGGAAAAAUGGUAGAGAUGUCUCAAACAUAAUUUUAUAAAUGAUUUUAAACUUUCAUGACCACUAUAAACACUUUUGAUUCUAUGGAACUUACCGCGAUUGUUAUUAUUAAGGUAAGUUCCGUAGAAUCAAAAACAUAAUUUUGUAAGAAGGUUUAACAUUCAUUGUCAUAACAACGAAUUAACUUAUUCCAAAUAUAUAAUGGUGCAAUUUACAUGUAUGUGCCGUAUUAUAAGUACCUUAAUGUUAUUAUUAUUCAAUAUUACAUGUAGUCGUGUUAAACAUGACAUCUUAGAAGACUAAUAAUUUUAUUAAUUACUAGAUUAAGCGAAAAUAAAACUAUAAAUAUGAUUUGUGAGAAUGUUAAAA